UGUUGUGUUUGGCCGUUUCUCGGCGGCUCCGGCGCGUGUUGUGAAACUCAGCCCGUAUCGGCGGCGCUUCUGACCGAUGGUCAGACUCUACACCCGGCGCGGGGCUUCGGUACGCGGGCUGUGAAUGAGAGACGGGCGGUUUGGAGGGCUUUGCGGGGCUCUGGUGAAUAGUCUCGCGGUGGAAACGGGCGGAGACGGUCUUCUUCAACUUUGCCGCCCGUAUUUGAGAGCCAGCUAGUUAACUAGCGGUUACGGUGGUUAUUUUACCCGCUGGUCUGAGACCGGCUGCUCGGCUGCUGGGUCGCUGGGUCGCUGGGUCGCGGGGUUCGCUCGCUCCGGCUGCCGGAGAGUAGACUUGUUGCUCGGCGGAGUGUGUGGACUUCUUUCAGGGAGACUUUGAAAGGCUUUAACCUGGUUUUAAAGAGCUUUAAACUCAAUUAUAUCGCUUUAACGACAUGUUUGGACUAUUGAAGUUAGUUUUAGUUAGUAAAUUAAUGUCAGCUCAGAUUAAAAAAUAUAACAAAUAACUUAAGAAAAAAACAUUGGGAUGAAUCGGAGCUUUGGGUUUCCUUAAAACCCACAUAAAAACACAUAAACAUACACAAAUAUAAAAGCAAAAAAAAAAGUUCUCCCCUGAAGAAGAUUUUAAUCUGAAGUGAAGUGAAGGCGCUGUGGCCGGCCGUGAUGUCCGACAAGGAGUGUGUUGGGGACGGGGUGUGCGGGGACGGAGCUCCGGACCUGAUGCCGCCCAGAGCGAGCCGCGCAGGACGCCGGAGCGGAGUGGUCCUCCACGGGGAGCGAGACUCAGACACCGCGCUGCUGGAGGCAGCCAAGGCAGCGCCCCGGAGGAGCAGCAUCAUCAAGGAUCCGUCAGUGGCCAAGGUCAGUGGUGGGCGGAAGAAAACCGUCUCCUUCAGCAGCAUGCCUUCAGAAAAGAAGGUGAGCAGCGCUGCCGACUGCCUGGCCUUCAUGCAAGGUGGCUGUGAACUGAAAAAGGUGCGUCCCAACUCACGUGUCUACUGCCGCUUCUACACCCUGGACCAAGAGCAGGCCUGCCUACGCUGGGAGCCCUCGAAAAAGGACGGGGAACGUGCUCGACUGGACAUUUCUGCCAUCCGGGAGGUUCGUACAGGAAAAAGCACGGAAACCUUCCUCCACAACGGCCCCUCAGAACACCUGGCUGAAGAAGCGGCAUUCUCCAUCAUCCACGGGGAUGAGUACCAGUCGCUGGACCUGGUGGCUCUCUCAGCCGAUGUAGCCAACAUCUGGGUGACGGGUCUGCGGUAUUUGGUGUCUCACCCGGGUGCCCUGGCUGGAGGAGGUGGAGGUGAGGGUGGUGUUGGAGAGGGAAGCAUUGGGAGCCGGAUGAGGAGGGACUGGCUGGCAGCAGAGUUCGCUCAGGGGGAUGAAGAUGGACAUGGAAUUGUUUCUGAGGAUACAGCAGUGGCCACCAUCUGUAAACUCUGCCCUGGAAUCAAGGAAGCAAAAGUACGACUACGGUUCAAGGAGAUCCAGCGCAGCAAGGAGAAGCUGACAUCCCACGUGACGUUAGAAGAGUUUCAGGAGGCUUACUGCGAGCUGUGCACUCGGCCCGAUGUCUACUUCCUUUUAGUGCAGCUAUCGAAAGACCGAGAGUGCCUGGACACUCAGGAUCUGAGACUCUUCCUGGAGACUGAGCAGGGGCUGCCGCUGGCCACCGCCGAGGGCUGUCUAGAGCUUCUGCGGCGCUUCGAACCCUCUGCAGCCGGACGCGAAAAAGGCCUCCUGGGUCUCGACGGCUUCACGCAUUACCUACAGUCGGCCGAGUGCCAGCUGUUUGACUCUGAGCAUCAGUUUGUCUGUCAGGACAUGAACUUGCCCCUGUGCCACUACUACAUCAAUGCCUCAUACCGCUCCUACCUGCUGGAUGAUCAGGUGCACGGCAGGGCUGAUUUGGGGGGGCUCAUACGGGCGCUGCAGGCUGGAUGCCGAUGUUUGGAGCUCGGCGUGACAGAUGGUCCGGACGGGGAACCUCUUCUCGGGGUUGACCAUGGAACAGAUGGUAAACACCUGCAUCACCACCACCAUCAUCACCAUCACCAUCAUAGCCCGGUGACUUUGAGGAGUGCCCUGGAAGUGGUCAACAAGUAUGCCUUCCUAACCUCCCAGUACCCCCUGAUGUUGUACUUGUGUCAGCGAUGCUCCCCUGGCCAGCAGAGGACUCUGGCUCAUCAUCUCAAGAAGGUGUUCGGCACAAAGCUGUACAAACCUGAAGCCGUGCCAGUCAGUCUGGGUGGUCGUGCCACCACCCUUCCAUCUCCUGAGCAGCUGAAAGGAAGGGUGCUGGUAGUGGGAAAGAAGCUGCUUCAGGAAGAGGAAGGAUCUGAAGGAGAGGUUUCAGAGGAAGAUGAGGAGAUUGGUGGCGGAGGUCCACUGGCUGGUCGACGAAUGACCAUUCCUGGAGAGGAGGAGCUUGGGGUUGUCUUGGUUGUUCCUCCACCUCCUCAGCCAAGAAGACUACGCCUGCGUCGGGAAUUGUCUGACUUGGUGGCAGUGGCUCGAACGGGGAGUCGUAGUUUUUAUGCUCAUCGCACCAAUGCCCAGCAAUCCCAACAGCCUUCUCCGCCUUCCACCCCUUCCACUCCUAAUACCCCAGUUUCCCCAGAAUCACCUUACUGGACUCUGUGCUCUCUGGGUGAGGGCGAGGCAGGCAGAGUUGCCAGCGAGAGCCCAGAGGAGCUUGUGACCUUUACCAAACGCUUUCUGACAAGAGUCCGACCCAGCUCUGUCCGCUUGGACUCAAGCAACCCCAACCCGCAAGGCUACUGGAAAGGAGGUGUGCAGCUGGUAGCACUUAACCAGCAGACGCCCGGUGCCAUGCUGGACCUGAACCGAGGCCGCUUUUCCCAGAACGGUGGCAGCGGCUAUGUUCUCAGACCUGCCGUCAUGAGAGACGAGGUCUCCUACUUCAGUGCCCAGUCGCAGGGCUGUGUGCCCGGGGUGCCAGCUCAGACUCUCAGGGUGAAGGUGAUUAGCGCCCACAGCCUGCCCAAACCCCAGGGAUCCGGCGCCAAAGGCGAGGUCAUUGAUCCAUAUGUGGUGCUGGAACUGCACGGAGUACCUGCGGACUGUGCAGAGCAGAGAACCCGCACUGCUGCCCAGAACCAGGACAACCCUCUAUUCGACGAGACGUUUGAGUUUCAGGUGAACAUGCCGGAGCUGGCUCUGCUGAGGUUCGUGGUUCUGGAUGACGAUUACAUCGGAGACGACUUCAUCGGUCAGUACAGCAUCGCCUUCGAGUGCCUCCAGCCCGGAUACCGGAACGUGCCGCUGUUAGGUCUGACCGGAGAGCCCUUAGCUCACGCCAGCCUGUUCGUGCACGUGGCGAUCACUAACCGGCGCGGUGGAGGAAAGGCUCAGAGACGAGGUCUGUCUGUGAGGAGAGGAGCGCGGCGCGGGAGAGAGUACGUCACCCUCAGACACACGGGCAUUAAAGUGCUGGAGGACACCUUCCGCCCGGCCAGCGCUCCACUCAGAGAGGCUGCUGACCUCAGAGAAGAUGCUCUGAGCGCUACAGUGGCUUUUAAGGAGCAGUGUGGGCUCCCCCCGGUGGCCAAACUCAAGCAGUGCAUCCAGAGCCUGGCCACCAGGCUUCAGGGUUCUGACGGGCCCCCGGGGGCCACGCUGAUUCUGAAGGAUGGUUACCCCUGCCUGGAGCCUCAGGGCAAUCUGAACGACACCACACGCAAGCUCCUGAAUGCAUAUGAUACGAUGAUCUCGGCCAAUAAGCAGCUAAUAGAGAACGCGGACGGCGUGCAGGAGAGGAUCGCUCAGGUGCAGAGAGAAGGCAUGGUCUACCAUGAGGAUCUGCCCAAACUGGGGGAAAAGGAGAAUCUGAAGGGGAGAAAGCAGAGCAAAGCUGUGGAGAGCUUCACCUGGAACAUCACUGUGCUAAAGGGUCAGUGUGACCUCCUGCGCACUGCUAAAGUGGACGCUCUGGACGCUCUGAGGCAGCUGGUGUUGGCUUGCGAGGCCUGUGGCCUGACUGUGACCUCUGACCUCCAGUACACACCUCAUAGUCUGACCCCCAGGCGGGGCAGCAGCCACGGCAAUGGCCGCAUCUGAGUGCUGAGUCCUUCUGGCAACACUGGGGGUUACUGACUGAGAGAUUAAUGAAGAUAUACAGAGAGAUGGAUGGAUAGAAGGAUGGAAGCAAGGAUGGAUGAAUGGAUAGACACCAAAGGCGGGAAUCUUUUCAUUUAGUGCAAUAGAUGAGAUCUUCUCAUACCAGCUGAGCUGAGCUGAGGUGAAGUGUGAUUGGCUGAAGGGCCGAGACUGUAGGCCUGUGAAUGUAAAGAUCAGAAGAAGAUUCAGAUGAAGAGAGAAUUCCUUAACUAACUCAACUCAAAGCUCAAAAUGUAUGUUUUAACAGUUUCUGAGAAGAAGAAGAAGAAAUACAAGAAGAAAAACAAGAAGAAGAAAAAGGAGAAGAAGAAGAGUCUAAUCUGUAACAUUCCUGCAACCCUGUUGAACAAAGCAAAGAAUUCAGAUCAUAUACUAAAGCUGUGAGCUGCCUUUUAUCCUUUUAUCCCCAGGGCUUCAGCAAUUUCACACAGCGAGCUCCUGAAUCAUCCUGCCGUUAUUUACCAGCUGACAUGAUGCAGCUUCUGAUUUUAGAUAGAUGCUCAGUGUCUGCUGCAACCUCAGGGCUCCACCUCCUGAGCUGUCUUUCACAGUUUGACUGACAGCCGGUGCCCGCCAGGAGGAAACACAGACAGACAGACAGAGAGACAGACAGACAGACACAUCUGUCUGCUUUCAGUGAUAUUCUCAGAUGGCUUGCUCCGUCACAUUCAGUCUCAUCUACCACCCGCUGGAACAUCUCAUACAUUCCUUUGCUCAUCUGUGGAUUGGGGAUCCUCAGCGUACCUGAGGGGAUGUAAGAAGAGCUGCUUCAUGUCUCAUUAAAGUUACAGAGAGCGGACAUGAGUUCCCAGUGUUACACUGAAAAAAAUGAUGCGUAAAAUUUAAUUUAAAAAAAAGUUUCGCAACUUUCUGCGUUUGUUGUUUUUAAAGUAAAUCGAAUUUCAUGUUAAUUUAAGUAAUUUAAACUGUUUCAAGACUUAAGUGUUAGAUAAGGUAAAUAAGUGAACUGAACUUCAGUCAAUCCUUUCUUUUAGUAAACUUUACUUUUUUAUUUUUGCUGAUCCUUUCUUUUUUUUAUCAUUUUAUUUAAAAUAUUUCCCAUUUUCUCCAAAAUUUACACGGCCAAUUACCCAACCCACUCAUUAGGACUCCCCCUGUCACUAGUGAUGCCCCAACACACCAGGAGGGUGAAGACUAACACAUGCUUCCUCCGAUACAUGUGAAGCCAGCCAACGCUUCUUCUUGAGCUGCUGCUGAAGCUGUAGCAUUCCUGAGCAUCAUCACAGUGCUAACGCUCGGAGGAAAGCGCAGCUACUCGGUUCUGAUACAUCAGCUCACAGACGCCCUGUGCUGCAGACAUCACCCUAGGAGUGAUGUGGGGAGAGAGCGCCAUCUACCCACCCGGAGGGAGCAGGGCCAAUUGUACUCCCUCUGCUGCAUGAGCAGGGGUUCGAACCUGCGACCUCCCGCUCAUAGUGGCAGCGCUUUAGACCGCUGGAUCACUUGGCGCCAUCAAUCCUUUCUUUUAGUAAACUUUACUUCAUUUCUGCAUACAAUAUUACCUAAUUACUAUUCCUUUAUUUAUACAAUAUUAUUAUAUAUAAUUUUGGUUAAAACACACAUUCAAAUAUUAUUCUCACAUUAUCUCAAAUAUUUUUUUCGUAAACAGACAAACAAGUCUCACUGUCUCAACACAUGGCAUGUAAUACAUUCUUUUUAGUAUACUAGUAUAAAGAAUCCAUGUAGUAUACAUGUCAUCCAUGUGUUUAGACAGUGUAAUAUGUCUGUUUUAAGUAAAAAUAUUUGAAUUUCAGGAAUUAUAAUAUAAUGUAUCAAUUAUUUUAAGUAAUAUUGUAUAAAUUAUGUAAUUGUAAUUAGGUAAUACUGUAUGCAGAAAUUAAGUAAAGUUUACUAAAAGAAAGGAUUGAUUCAGUAAAAAUAAAUGAAGUAAAGUUUACUAAAAGAAAGGAUUGACUGAAGUUCAGUUCACUUAUUUACUCUGUGUAACAUUUAAGUCUUAAAACUUGUUGAAGUUACUUAAAUUUAUCUGAAAUUAAAUUUACUUAAAAAAAAAGCAAAUGCAGAAAUUUGCGAAACUUUUUAAAGUAAAUUUUACUCAGCAUUUUUUUUAGUGUAGAGCAUCAAACGAGCCUUCAGAUCAAGCCCUUUAUGCCCCUUUUGACCUGUGGCCACCAUGUUUCCAGAGUCUGCAGACUGGCUAAAAGAUCAGUGAGUCCAACAAGAGAUGAGAGAAGAUUGGAGAAAAUGUAGUACGAUGGAAAGAUGUACAGAUUUUUUGCCUAUGGAUGGCGAUUGCUGUAUAUGAAUGUCAUCUAACAAUUCAGAGAACAAGGAUAAAAUCUCAGCAGCGCUACAACAAAAAACACCAAAUAACCAUCUAAAACCCUCCCAUGAAAGCUGAAGAACACUGGAGCAUUAACCAAUGGCGUCGAGGAUAACGCUGGGGUGUUUUACGUAGUUUAACACUUAUUAACAAUGUUGUGAUAUCGAGAAGGGAAACGUUGUGCAGUAUUUUAUCAAAUGCUUUCAAACAGAACACUCACAGAAGGACUGUAUUUUCAUGUAUUUUCAUGUAUUUUCAUGCAUUUUCAUGUAUUUUCAUGAAUUCAUCUUUAUUUUUUUUUGUAACACAUAAAAGUAAUAUAAAAAAGAAGAGAUCAUGUGACUUUUCGUAUAUAAAGAUAAAUAUAAUUUUUUGUUUCUUUUUUUUGUAAUAUUAAUGACAAGUAGGUUCGUCAAUGAGUAUGUGUGUGUGUGUGUCUGAACAGUUUACCUACCUAUAGCUAAUAGCUGGUAGCUAAUAGGUAGCUAAUAGCUAGGUGUGUGUAGGUUGGAGGUAUGCGAGUUGUAGAUUAUAAAGGGAAAAAAGUAUAUAUAUAUAUACAUAUUCUGAAUGUGAAGAACUUCUUUUCUGCUGCCUGAAGGAUUUAAUAGUUUUUGAUUGUUUUUGAUUGUUUUUGAUUGAGGGGACUCUAUCUACAUCGAUUGAGGGGACUAUGGGGUUUUGUUUCCCAGACUGGGAUUAUUGGGAUUAUUAUGUCUAGUUGUGGACUAAACUGCAUUUUAAAGUUUUGAUUUUUUUCUCCAUUUAACAGAAAAUAUAGUGUACAAAUUAAUGUAAUCUCUGUCUGGGAAACAGACUCAUUGGAUUUACCAUUAAGAAACCAAAGGGGCAUUGCAUUCUCGAAGCAAGAAUGUAUAGAGGACCAAAACUGGCAAAAUUAAAAAAAAAAAAUAAUAAUAAUAAUUAAAACGUAUCUAAAUCACUCAAUAAAAGUAACAUGGUGAUUAAAACAGUAAAGAAUAAUAAUAAUUAGUAUGAAAAUAAAUACAUAUACAGACAAUUCCAUAAAUAACAAAUUAAGACAUUUAUUUUUUUUAUGUAUAUGUAUUUAUUUUUUAUAUUAAUUAUAAUUAUUCUUUAACGUUUGAAUCACCAAAUUACAUUUAUUCAGCGAUUUACUUACUUUUUUAUUUAUUUAUUUAUUUUUGAUUUUGGCAGUUUUGGUCCUCCAUAAGAAUGUGCAUAAAAGUAAUAUAAAAGUUUAAGGGAAAUCUGAUUAGUCUUAGGCCUUGCAGUCGACUUGCCUUUCCUUACGCCACACAGCAGCUUCUUUUGUUUCCUCUCACUCUACACUUGCCACACUCCAUUAAUUGUUUAUACGGUAGACACCUCCUCUCUCACCCUUGCCUGGGUGAGAUUUCACCGGUGGUGCCCAUUGCCAAAGCAUUUCCUGUGUUUGAAUCCAUUGACCUUGUUCUAUUUUUCACACAUUCCUGGAGCGAGGGACCAAUUCUGGAUACUAUGAAGCAAAUCCAUUGAGUAACGUAGCGUAUAAGGUACAGUAUAUGAGCAAAUUUUUGUUUUAUUUGAUUUCUUGGAAUACGUCACCUUCAGCAAAAGUACCCAAAGUACCCAAAGCUAAAAUGUGUAUCUUAGCAGUAGCCAUGGUUAUUUAUUUUAUGUAUGAAGGAUUUGGUUGAACCUCCUUAGCCCCAUCGCGAAUAAUACUAUACAUAUUAUACAGUAGGGGUCGCAAUAGGCCAGAUGUGGCCCGCAAGCGUGAAACAUCUGGCUCUUGAGGUUGUUUGAUCUAUAAUGAAUGAUGAUAAAAAAAAAAUAAAUAAUAGUAAAAUGCUUCUCUGGUGAGCUUUUGUUUACACUCCUCCCCUGUCUCUCUCUUUCGCGCUUAGCGUGACUUUAGUUUCCACCCAUUCUUGUUUUUUCCACCCGUUCUUGGGCUCCCUAUUUCCUUAUAAGGACGUUUUUUUCCCAGCUGUGUCCCAAUUCACUAGCCAGGGCAGUGGUAGUGUAUUGGAUCGCGACCCUGACGACCUGGGUUCAAUCCCGCAUGAGGAGCAGUGUGUUUGUUAAUUUAUUCAUUUUUUAACCUUUCUUCUUGGGUUUACCUGCUUUGAGAUCAUCUGUUCUGCAAUUGGGUUCAACAAUCCUCUGGGCUGGAGAGCUACUACUCUGUAGCAUUUCCCAUUUUUUGCCGACCCCUGCUGUACAGUUUGCAAAUCAGUUGUGGACCAAGAGUAGAGCCCUGAGGCUUCCCGACAUGGUCUGUAUUCAUGACCUGGUCAGGAAGCCUGUCCUACGCAGGAUCUGUUUACCUGUAAACGGGACCAGUAAUGAAUGGUAGGCUGAAUAAUGAAUGCCCAACCACAGUAUUAGCUUUCUGUUUCAGUUUACAUGGCCCUCACCUUGACACCAAAUCAACGUAGGUCAGGAGGGCAGUAAUAUAUUCAGCACAGAGCCUUGAUCAUAUCCGUGAGUUGUGGUUUAGAGGAAUUCACAGACCACUUCAGUUUCUGAGUCAGUUUCUCUGACAAUAUUUCUUCCAAAUUCCAAAUAAAAAUAUUGUCAUUUGGAGCAUUUAUUUGCCGAAAAUGAGAAAUGGCUGAAAUAACAAAACAGUUGCAGAGUUUUCAGACCUCAAAUAAUGGAAAGAAAAUGUUUCAGAAAUCAAUAUUUGGUGGAAUAACCCUGUUUUUCAAUCACAGUUUUCAUGCAUCUUGUCAUCAUGUUCUCCUCCACCAGUCUUACACACUGCUUUUGGAUAACUUUAUGCUGCUUUACUCCUGGUGCAAGAAUUCAAGCAGUUCAGUUUGGUGGUUUGAUGGCCUGUGAUCAUCCAUCUUCCUCUUGAUUAUAUUGCAUUUUUUUAAGUGGUGUCUUUUUGGAAGCAACUAUCAAACAGUCUGUAAAAAGGCUUGAAUAUGAAAAUACAGUAAUUUUUACAGCUAAAAUGAUUCAAAACAAAAUUUCAUAUACUAGCUUAAACUACUGUGAAUAGCUGUUCACAGUAACAGAUAUUUGAGUUUUCCAAAGUUUUAAAUGCCACUUUUUUACAUUUAAAAAUAAGGAUGAAAAAUGACCCACAUGUUGUCUUUAAAUCUGAAUUGAUUAGAUUAGAAUUAUUAGAGUUAUACAAGUUAUAAGAGCAGCUUAGCACACCUUUUUUUCUGGGUUACUUAUUAAAUUAUAAUUGGCCUGUAUUGAUUAGAAAUUAGAAAUAUAUUAGGAGUGUACUGAUGCUUCAAAAACGGUGAAAAGCUUUAAAGAGUUAAAAUCACGCUUAGUGUUUGGGUCCUUUUUUUUUUUUUUUUUUUUUUUUUUUUUUUAGAAUUAGACGUGUGUUUCAUUACUGUGAGACAUUAAUCCUUUCAGACCUGAAUUCCUGAGUUCCAGUGAUGGACAAAUAUGAGAAUGCUUUUUUUUUCGUGAGUAAUGAACACAAAAUACGAUACUUCUAUCCCAAUAUAAAAUCUCUCUAAAAAAAACAUAAUAAAAGGUGUUCUAAAUCACAAAGAAUUAGUAAAAAUGAGCUUUGCUGUAUUACUUUGCUGUAUCCGUUCUGUAGUGCCGACAUGCUCUAAUGACUGAGUUGCUGAUUUAUUUAUUUUUGUCCAGUGCAGUGGGCGGGGCUAAACUCGUGUUUCAUUGGCUGGUUUAUGAUGAUCUGUUCUGACAGACAGCAACAGGUCUCAAUUAGUGCUCUAGUUUGUGCAACAAAACAUUAGAAAAAAGAAACUAAUAAAUUAUGUUUAUUGUAAUUGAUUUAGGGUCUGAAAGGGUUAAUCAGUACCGUUAAUGAACUAAUUCAGCACGAAAGUCUGCUAAUGCUACGAGUGGCUGAUCUUCAGCUCGUUUUCUGGAAGCAGGAUUAUGAUCUUUUUUGCAUGUAAAUCAUUUCGAAAAAUGUACCGUAUCGUUUAAUUUGACUUUGAUCUCUGGAUUAGCCGGAUGACCCUGCAGUAUUAAGUGAAGGUGAUCUUCUCAGAUGAUGCUUCUGAGAAGUGAUUUCUCUAAAUGAGAAGCGAUAGAGUCCAGAUUAUAUAGUUUAUCGUUAAUCUCUCUCUCUCUCUCUCUCUCUCUCUCUCUCUCUCUCUCUCUCUCUCUCUCUCUCUCUCUCAGUGCUUUGUCGUGUCUGCCUUUCCUCUGACCUUUAACUAAACAACAAAACUCUUCUUGUUUUGUCUAACUGUUAUCAUUAGUUGUCCUUGUAUAAAUAAAGUAUUUAUUAAAAGUGUGUUUUAAACAAAUAAAAACUUUAAAGCGACCUUGCUUUUAUUUUGAAAAGCCAGUUUGUAUUCUAAAAGAUUAACAUACGUAAUGUAACACAGGUGUGUCCAGACUAAAUAAAGCUAUCUUUUACUGACUA